CUCCCUGAAACAACCACAACCACGCCCCCUACCACAACACCACCUACCACAACAACUCUCCCUACAACUCCACCUACCACAACGCCCACUACGACAACUCCCCCUACCACAACAACUCUCCCUGAAACAAUUGCACCUACAACACUCCCUACAACAACACCUACCACAACAACGCCCCCUACCACAACUCCCCCUGCCACAACUCUUCCUACCACAACAACUCUCCCUGAAACAACCACAACCACGCCCCCUACGACAACUCCCCCUACCACAACAACUCUCCCUGAAACAACUGCACCUACAACACUCCCUACAACAACACCUACCACAACAACUCUCCCUGAAACAACCACAACAACGCCCCCUACAACGACUCCACCUACCACAACAACGCCCCCUACAACGACUCCACCUACCACCACAACUCCACCUACCACUACUACGCCCCCUACCACAACUCCCCCUACCACAACUCUUCCUACCACAACAACUCUCCCUGAAACAACCACAACCACGCCCCCUACCACAACACCACCUACCACAACAACUCUCCCUACAACUCCACCUACCACAACGCCCACGACAACAACACCAUCUACCACAACAACUCCCCCUACAACAACAACUCCACCUACCACAACAACGCCCCCUACGACAACUCCCCCUACCACAACAACUCUCCUUGAAACAAUUGCACCUACAACACUCCCUACAACAACACCUACCACAACAACGCCCCCUACGACAACUCCCCCUACCACAACUCUUCCUACCACAACAACUCUCCCCGAAACAACCACAACCACGCCCCCUACGACAUCUCCCCCUACCACAACAACUCUCCCUGAAACAAUUGCACCUACAACACUCCCUACACCAACACCUACCACAACAACGCCCCCUAUAACAACUCCACCUACCACAACAACAACAACAACGCCCCCUACGACAACUCCCCCUACCACAACUUUUCCUACCACAACAACUCUCCCUGAAACAACCACAACCACGCCCCCUACCACAACACCACCUACCACAACAACUCUCCCUACAACAACACCUACCACAACAACGCCCCCUACAACGACUCCACCUACCACAACAACAACUCCACCUACCACUACAACGCCUCCUACCACAACUCCCCCUACCACAACUCCACCUACCACAACAACUCUCCCUGAAACAACCACAACCACGUCCCCUACCACAACAACUCUCCCUACCACAACAACACCUACCACAACAACGCCCACUACAACAACUCCACCUACCACAACAACAACAACGCCCCCUAUGACAACUCCCCCUACCACAACUCUUCCUACCACAACAACUCUCCCUGAAACAACCACAACCACGCCCCCUACCACAAUACCACCUACCACAACAACUCCACCUACAACUCCACUGACCACAACUCCCCCGACAACAACACCACCUACCACAACAACUCCCCCUACAACAACUCCAGCUACUACAACAACUCCACCUACCACAACAACGCCCCCUACGACAACUCCGCCUACCACAACAACUCUCCCUGAAACAACUGCACCUACAACACUCCCUACAACAACACCUACCACAACAACGCCCCCUACGACAACUCCCCCUACCACAACUCUUCCUACCACAACAACUCUCCCUGAAACAACCACAACCACGCCCCCUACGACAACUCCCCCUACCACAACAACUCUCCCUGAAACAAUUGCACCUACAACACUCCCUACAACGCCCCCUACAACAACUCCACCUACCACAACAACAACAACGCCCCCUACCACAACUCCCCUACCACAACAACUCUCCCGAACAACCACAACCACGCCCCCUACCACAACACCACCUACCACAACAACUCUCCCUACAACUCCACCUACCACAACGCCCACUACGACAACUCCCCCUACCACAACAACUCUCCCUGAAACAACUGCACCUACAACACUCCCUACAACAACACCUACCACAACAACGCCCCCUACAACGACUCCACCUACCACAACAACAACUCCACCUACCACUACAACGCCUCCUACCACAACUCUUCCUACCACAACAACUCUCCCUGAAACAACCACAACCACGCCCCCUACCACAACAACUCUCCCUACCACAACUCCACCUACCACAACCACGCCACCUACAACAACUCCACCUAUCACAACAACAACUCCACCUACCACUACAACUCCACCUACCACAACGACCCCUGCAACGACUCCCUCUACGACAACACCCCCUGCAACAACUCCACCUACCACAACAACUUUCCCUACCACAACGCCCCCUACCACAACUCCACCUACCACAACGCCCACUACAACAACGCCCCCUACCACAACCACUCCAGCUACCACAACAACGCCCCCUACAACUCCACCUACCACAACAACAACUCCACCUACCACAACGACCCCUGCAACAACUCCCUCUUCGACAACGCCCCCUGCAACAACUCCACCUACCACAACACCCCCUACAACUCCAACUACCACAACAACGCCCCCUACAACAACUCCCCCUACCACAACUCCACCUACCACAACAACUCUCCCUGAAACAACUGCACCUACAACACUCCCUACAACAACACCUACCACAACAACGCCCCCUACAACAACUACACCUACCACUACAACUACACCUACUACAACAAUUCCUAAUACAACAAGCGGAGAACAGAGAGGGGACCCCAACUCCCCUCCCUAUACAACUCCCACUACUACAACUCCCCUCACCACAACAAUUCCUCCUACUACAACUGCCCUCACCACAACAAUUCCUCCUACUACAACUCCCCUCACCACAUCUGCCCCUACUACAUCAACUCCCUUCACCACAACUCCCCUUACCACAACAGUUCCUCUUACUACGUCAACUCCCCUCACCACAACUCCUCUUACCACAACAGUUCCUCUUACUACGUCAACUCCCCUCACCACAACUCCCACAACUACCCCACCCACUACCACAACCACAACUACCCCUACUACAACAAAAAUGCCCACUACCACAACAUCUCCCACCACUCCAACAAAAACGCCCACCACCACAAAAACAUCCUCAACUACAGCCACAAAACCUCCCACCACUACUACAAAAACCACUACAACCCUCACCACCAAAACAACCCGAACAACUUCCCCUGCUAUAACCACAAAAACCACAACCAAAUCUCCCACCACUACCACCACCAGAAAAACUCCCACCACGACAAAAACCUCUACUACAACCACAAUCCCCCCUACCAAAACCACAACCAAAACUCCCACCACUACAACAAAACAGGCCACUACUACAAUCAAAACUACCAGUACUACAACAAAAACAGCUGCUACCACCACCAAAACAACUGCAUCUACUACAACCACAAAAUCUCUUCCCACUACGACAAAAACGGCUGCUACCACUACCACAAAAACUGCCUCUACUACAACCCCAACUCCCACCACCAAAACUGCUACCACAACUCCAAAACCCACUACCACGACCACUAAAGCUACCACUACAAAGAAAUCCCUGUAAUGAAUUAUGGAGUAUUCAACUAACCCUGUAAUCCCAAAUUACAUUUGCAACUGUGCUGGUUAGAUACCCCACGUCCAUUUUAGCAAGCCAUGUGUGAUCUUUAAGCCAAGCUGCAAAUGCUGCGCCUAUCCUGUAAAUCAUAACUUCACUAUUCAUAAGUGGGCACAUUUUCAGAUGGAUUUCCACAACCUCCCAAUGAAAUGACAAAACAAUGGAAAAAUGUUUAACUAUCUUCUAUUUCCUCAUCUUUUGAGUUAGCAACAAAUUUUUUCUGCAUUUGGUGACAUUUACUUUCAUUAACUUGCAAAUGAGGGCAUGGGGGAGUAUUGCCACUCCCAUGCAUCUAUUCAAUAUAAAAUAUUACAUUAUUUACAAAUAAAUAAUCCUUUUUUUUUUUACUAUCUAAUCACAGAUUUUAAGCUGUUGCUGUUUUGAUAUUUGUUGGUGUAUUUAAACCAUUGCAUGUUUGGAUUUGUCUUGCAUAAUGAUGCAGCAGUUGCCUAUAACAAAGAAUUAUUGAAUGUAUGUCAUAUAGUGUAAUAUUACUUAAUUAAUAAAUUUCCCACUAAAAUCUUGGCA